AUGUCAUCAUUGGUAAAGGAGGACUUGGAGAAGAAACUGUUUAAGCCACUCUCGCAGAAUCUGUACGAGUUUAUUGAAAUAGAGUACUCAGUCCAGGACAGGUAUUACCUCUGCGUGUCAGUGACCAAAAAUGAAGAAGUAAAAAUAAUUAUGGUGAAACACUACAGAAUAGGUUUAGAUGAAAAAUAUGAAGUAACCAAAAAGUGGUCUUUGAACGAUCUACAGAUGAUUGAUGGAAAAGAAGCAGAUAAAGACAAUCCGUUUUUUGACCUGCACUUUAAGAAAGUGUACAGUUUGGAAGCAUAUAGUUGUGCUUCGAAAUAUGCCUUUGCUCGAACUGUAAACAAGUUGAAUCACGCAUACCUUAAGAAGGACUUACAGAUCGUGAACUUUGAUUCUACUUACAUUAAUGAUGAUUCAAUUUGGUCCUCCAACAACAAGGAUUGCUUGGUCCUUAUGAGAAUAUGCUUUUAUGCUUUCAAUCUAGUGUGCUUGUCCCUGUGUCCCCUGCCACUCUGAAUAUGUAUACCAUGUUCCUUCAUCAGUGUUCUC